GUUGCCUGCCACCAUCCCUGUGCAGUAGUGGCUGUUCUGUUGUGUCUACGCUGGUGAAUUUUACUCCCACAUUUCUACCUAGUUCAUCAGUCACAAAGGAAUAUGCCCAAGAAUAAAGGAAAGGGAGGAAAGAACAGGAGGCGUGGUAAGAAUGAGAAUGAAGCAGAGAAGCGAGAAUUGAUCUUCAAAGAGGAAGGGCAGGAAUAUGCUCAGGUUACAAAAAUGCUUGGGAAUGGAAGAUUGGAGGCUCUCUGUUUCACAGAUGGCAUGAAACGACUAUGUCAUAUUCGAGGAAAACUCCGUAAAAAAGUAUGGAUCAACCAAGGAGACAUUAUUCUUCUUGGAUUACGUGACUACCAAGACAAAAAAGCUGAUGUGAUCCUUAAAUACAAUGCAGAUGAAGCCCGAAAUUUGAAAUCUUAUGGCGAGAUCCCAGAAUCAGUUAAGGUGAAUGAAAAUGCAACAUUCGUAGAAGAUGGCAUGGAUGACGAUAUUGAGUUUGAUGACUAUUCUGAGGAGGAGGAGGAUGUAGUGGCUGAUAUUGAUGCGAUAUGAAGAUGCUGGAAGCCUUGUAUGAGUCUCACGGGUGUAUCUGGUAGGUUAUGGUGAAAGAAAUGCCGUGUAAGUUUGAUGCUAAAUUUCAUCAUUAGGCGAAUAAUGGGACUUUAAUUAUUUAUUGGAGCCAUACCCCUAUAUCAACAGAUAGUUACCAGUUAUUUACAAAGUAGAGGAAUAUAUUGUCAUAAUUGGUUAUUUUUACUGGGAAGAAACAUAGUCCAUCCCCAGAUCACUUAUUUUUAUUUUUUCAAGAAUAAUUUUAUUGGAUAACAACAUUUUGUACAGUAAUCAUAUCAUGUUAAUAUAACAAGCUUUUAAUGUAUGCUUUUGAGGUUCAUUUAAGAUCCACAUCCUCACUAUAUUUUAAUUAUUAGAUUUGUUAUAAAAGUUUGUCAUUAUAAUCAAGCUCUGUUUCUCUUAGUUUACUCUUUUCUACUUUGUCACAUGGAAAAAAUUAAGCAUUUAUUUGAUAUUUUAUAUAAAGCCUCAUAUCCA